UGAUGUACGUGAUGUUGAUGAAACCUGAAACAUGUAAUCGUGUCAUCCUCUCGUCGCAAUAGAUGCUUACGACGUGACAGUUUUUGUAAUUGAUAGUUUUUUUAGAAGAACAUUCUCGGACCGAAAAUGAAUCCUUCCAGAAGAAGCGAAAGUGAUUGGCAGGGUCUGGUGAAUGAGUUCCUGGUAUGCAAGAGAAAGCUGGAGAGCAAGAAGGAGGCACUGCUGAUCUUAUCGAAAGAACUGGACACCUGCCAGCAGGAAAGGGAUCAGUUUAAACUUAUGGCAAACCAGCUCCGUGAACGCCACCAAGGGCUCAAGAAAAAGUACAGAGAGCUUAUAGAUGGUGACCCUUCUCUGCCUCCUGAAAAAAGAAACCAAGUAAAUCUGGCCCAGCUACUGAGAGACUCACGGGAACAUAACAAACAGCUGAGUGAGGAGAUGAAAGAACUGAAACAGCGUUUAGCAGAGGUGCAGGGUGAUAACAAGCUGCUGAGGAUGACCAUCGCGAAGCAGCGUCUAGGAGACGAAGAGGUGGGAACUCGUCACUUUCCAGCCCAUGAGAGAGAAGAUCUUGUUCAGCAGUUGGAAAGAGCUCGAGAACAGAAUGAAGCGCUGGAACAAAGCUUAAAGGCAGCCACGGAUGAAUUACAGGAUGUGAGAGCAGAGCGUAAUGUCUAUCAGGAAAAAGCUCACAGACUAAACCUGGAAAUUAACCACAUCUUGGGUAGCCACGAGAACCGCAUCCUGGAUAUAGAUGCUCUGUGUAUGGAGAACAGAUAUCUGCAUGAGCGGCUGAUGCAGCUUCAAGAAGAGGUCAGCCUCCUCAAAUCAAACGUCAUGAAGUACAAGAGUGCUUUGGAAAGCAAGAAGAACUGUAAAGUCUAUGGCAAGUCCAACAGCAGUGCUUUGACAGGCGUCCUCUCUGCUAAACAAGUACAAGAGCUGCUGCUGUCAGAGGAGAAUGGCUGCAGUCUCCCGGUCACUUCACAGUCCAUUAGUGACCUGAAGUCCCUGGCCACUGCUCUGCUGGAGACCAUUCAUGAGAAGAACAUGGUCAUUCAGCAUCAACGGCAAACCAACAAGAUCCUGGGUAACCGGGUUGCAGAACUGGAAAGAAAGUUGAAAACAUUAGAGGUGUCUGGGUUGUGGAGUCUGCCAGGCAUCACCUACAAUGUGUCUCUCGGACUAGGGAGAAGGAAAGCUGUUAUUGUCCUGAGUGACUCUCAGCAUGUCCAGUCCACCACAGAACAGUCAGUCCAUCUGACACCAGACUCAUUGGCAGGAGAUGAAGAGAUUGUUACCGGAGAGGAGGUGACAGAAGACACUGGACUCAGUACAGAUUUCAGCCAAGAUGACUGUCAAGCCAUGGCAGUCGAGUUGAACCAAAAGGGCGAUUAUUUCAACCGCACAUAUUCAGUCUCACAAACUCCACAAUUCAGUAAUCCAGCAGAAAGUAUCCAGCCUGUGGAGAGCACACAGUGGAAAACCCUUGCUUGUUGUGACUCUGAGAAGCCUGUGUGUCCUUCCGAGAGGGGAUCAGAACAUCAUAUUGAAGAUCUCACAGGCCGCGGAUGUCAGUCUUCUGAACCUCUGAACACAGAAAUAUCUUUAAAAGGUUCAGAAGAAAAGGCAGUGGAGAAUAAUGUUCCUGUUGUUCAUUCUGAGGAGGACUUUGAUAGUCAAGGUGCAUUAGAGGACAGUCUGCCUGCGGCAUCAGAGACCUUUGACAGUUUUGACUGUAUCUCUGGAUCUGAGACUUAUACACCGGAACAGCAAACAGAACUACCGGUCAACGAAGAAACAGAGAAUGUUUCCCUAAACACAAGUUCUCCUGCUCAAACCUCAUCAGACCAGGAAUGAACGUCACCCCUCAUGAUAUAAGAACUGUGAGAGAAAUGCAUAAAAACAACCUCUGUUCAUUUAAAGCCCCAUCACUUAGAAGAGGUGUUCUGAUUUAAAACUCCAUCAGACAAAAGAAUAAAAACAAGAACCUUUGAAUGUCUAAAUGAAACCUGUUCAUUGUUCCAAUUAAGCUAAAAGCAAACUUCAAAAGUUCACCAUAAGGCAAGCUGGUAACACCAACAAGUGAAUAUUACAAAUGUUAUAAAGGUUCCUGACAACAGUCAAUGUCUUUCAGGAGGUUUUGAAAUUAUUUGAGAUAAUCAAGAAUCUCAGAUGAAAUCAUAGAUGUGAUGACACUAUACCAGCAAGUUUAUUUUCUUGUUAUGAACAUUGUUUUGAAAUGAUUUCAAAGACACAUCUUUAUGUAUUUUGACUAUUUUAAACACCUUAGUAAUUGCAUCUGGUGUAUUUUGUGGGCAAAACAUAACAGCAUUAGUUUAAUUUUUAUGUAUUUUUCAGUUUCCAUUGAGUAAAACACAACAUGCAAUUCCUGUUUCACAUUCAAAAGCUAAAGUUUUUUUUUUUUCUUAUAACACGAUGCCACAGUUUUAGUCAUUAUGAUUUGUAUAUUUAUUUCCUGUCAUAUUUGUCUUAUUUAUUAUAAUUUGUGAUCUUGAUGAUUGUAAUCGUGUUUGAUCUGUAAAGGUUGGUGUAAAAUCAUUCUCUGUAGAUCACCUCAAUAUUACACUGUAAUAUAGUGUAAAAUUAAAAUGGGAACAAUCAUCAGCUUGAAAGCUUAAAUUAUAUUUAAUUAUGCACAAAAGCACUGCAUCGCAAUACACCAGCCACUUACUUCAACAUUCUGCUGCUAUAUUACUGAAUUAUUAUUGCAUCGGUUUUUGACUGUUGGGUGGACCAAAAAAAAUAUUUGUAAUGAUGCAAGGAUGAUCUUGUUGUAUCUGGCUACUCCAUGUCCUCAAGUCAUUGAAAUAAAAUCUAACA